AUCUGGAAGUCGGCAGCUUCUUACAAGUAUUCGUACUUUUACUACACCACCAUUCCGCAGAUUGAAUCCCUCAGAAGUGUUCAAUCAUUUCCAAAAUGGCGUACGAUCAAAGAGCAAAGAGGAGAAAGACCGACGACGAAGGCUAUGUCGACACAACGAGGAUGUCGUCCAAGUUCCAACCCUACGAGGGCGGUAGAACUUGGACAGUCUCGGUCGCGAUUCCGAGCAGUAUUCUCACAGAUGCCAUAACCGCCGAGCGCCGCACUGCCGUCGCCGGCCGUAUCGCCCGAGCCCUCGCCGUCUUCUCCGUCGAUGAGAUCGUCCUCUUCGACGACAGCCCCGUUGAGUCCCGGCCCAAGAACGUCGACACGAAGGCCUACACCGGCGAUGUCGACGGCUGCCACUUCCUCGAGCACCUCCUCGGCUACCUCGAAGUGCCGCCCUUCAUGCGCAAGAUGCUCUUCCCGCUCCACGCGAACCUGCGCCUCGCCAACCAGUUGCCCGCGCUCGAGAUGCCACACCACCCGAACCCGGCCGACUGGCUGCCGUACCGCGAGGGCGUCGCCAGCAAAGGGACGCCCCAGGGCACCAUGAUCGACGUCGGGCUGAAGAACCAUGUUUUGAUCGAGGACGAGGUGCCCCCGAACACGCGCGUGACGCUGUCGUACCCGGACUACAACACCGACAAGGCGGAGGCAUGCGACCCGUCGGCGCCGAGGGAAGAGGGCGGCUACUACUGGGGCUACCAGGUGCGGCGCGCCAACUCGCUGUCGUCGGUGUUCACCGAAUGCAAGUACGAGGGCGGCUACGACGUCAGCAUCGGCACGUCGGAGCGCGGGCGCUCCCUCUCGGACGCGUUCCCCAGCGCGGCGCCCUUGGACUUCAAGCACCUGCUCAUCGUGUUCGGCGGGCCUAGAGGUAUCGAAUACGCGGCGCUGAACGACAAGGAGCUCGAGGGCAUGGAGAUGACCCCGGCGAAGGCGAGGGAGCUGUUCGACCACUGGGUGGACGUGCUGCCUGGGCAGGGAAGCCGCACCAUUCGGACGGACGAGGCCAUCUGGGUGGCGCUUACGAGCUUGAGGAGGCUGUGGGUUGAGGUCUGAGAGUGUUUGGCAGAAAGGGGGCGAUGUUGGGCCGGCAUCCUGGCGGAGCAUGAUACCCAUAAUGGAAAAGUUUUGAUUCAAGAACAUGGUCUCCUGGAAUGAUGUCGUCUAUGCUCUCACUGAACUGAAACCUGGCAUUUGGGUCCUGGAGGGCGAACUAGGAUGCACACCAGGGUACGUUACCGGUUUACCUGCUAACGACGGGCAUACACGUCCAGCUGGCAGUAAGAAACAAUUCUACAAGCAGAAAACAGGGCGAGCCUGAACGA